AUGGUUGCAAUGAACAGCGUUGACUUGCAAAACUGUUUAAUCUUUAUCUUCAUAUGCAUCUUCUCACUCCUCUGUUAUUCUCUCUUCUUCAAUAAACCAAAGGACUCACGAGGCUUCAAGCUGCCUCCAAGCCCUCCUUCUCUUCCGAUCAUUGGUCAUCUUCACCUUCUCCUCUCUACUUUAAUCCACAAGUCUCUUCAGAAAAUCUCCUCCAAGUAUAGACCUCUCCUCACUCUCCGUAUCUUUAAUGUCCCUGUCGUUCUCAUAUCCUCAGGUUCUAUGGCCUUGGCCUAUGAGAUCUUUUUUUUUUUGAUUUUAUUACCAAAAGCCAAGACGAAGAAGUUACAGAGGGUAGGGGAAGAACACCAGAACAAAAGAAAGAACUGGAACAAAGGCAGCAAUAGAAUAGAGGGAUUGCUAUCCACUGCAGGGAAGGAGAGAAGCCUAUCCCUGAUUGUUCGGUCGACGAGCACCUUGAAUACUCGUAACAGGUUCAUGAGGAAGCUCGUUGCCACAAAGCUUCUUCGACCGCAGGCAAUUGAGCAGUCACAAGGCAUCCGUGCAGAGGAGCUACACCGAUUCUAUGCAAACCUACUAGAUAAAGCAAAUAAGAAGGAGAACGUCGAGAUUGGUAAGGAAGUGAUGAAGCUCACUAACAACAUCAUUUGCAGGAUGAGCAUGGGGAGGACUUGUUCAGAAGAGAACAGUGAAGCAGAGAAAUUCAGGGAAUUGGUUACAAAGUCUAUGUCCUUCACAAAGAAGAUUUUCUUCGCAAACAUGUUGAGGAGGCCACUAGAGAAGCUCGGAAUCUCACUGAGGUCAUGGGAGUUUGAUGAAUUUCUAGAGAGGAUUCUUGUGGAACAUGAAGAGAAACUAGAGGUGAAUCAAGAUAAGGACAUGUUGGAUUUGUUGUUCGAAGCUUAUAGAGACCAAAAGGCAGAGUAUGACAUCACUAGGAACCAGAUCAAGUCUUUGCUUCUGGAGAUUUUCCUUGGAGGCACCGACACCUCAACUCAAGCAACACAAUGGACAAUGGCAGAAGUCGUUAACAACCCCAACAUUCUCAGGAAAUUGAGAGAAGAAAUCGAUUUCGUUGUAGGAACAACAAGGCUGAUUCAGGAAUCAGAUCUACCAAACCUCCCUUAUUUGCAAGCGGUAGUUAAGGAAGGGCUACGAAUGUACCCGAUAUCUCCAUUGCUUAGGACGUUCCGAGAAAGUUGUGAGAUCCAAGGAUUCUACAUACCUCAGGAGACAAUACUUGUUGUUAAUGUAUAUGCUGUGAUGAGUGAUCCUGAUUCUUGGGAAGAUCCUGAUGAGUUUAAGCCCGAGAGGUUUCUUGCUUCUUCAAGAUCAGGACAACAAGGCGAAAAGAGAGAAAGGCAUGAAGUACCUUCCUUUUGGAGGUGGAAGGAGAGGUUGUCCUGGAUCAAAUCUAGCUUAUAUCUUUGUAGAAACUGCAAUCGGAACAAUAGAAUCAAUGGGGACAAGGUCAAAUUGGAUGAAACUGUUGUAGGAAUGAGUUUGAAAAUGGCUUAUCCGCUUAAGCGCACCCCUGUUUCUCGACUCCACCCUUUUAACUUUUAA